CGCACAAUAAGUUGUUGAGGAAUCAGCAUUUUUGAAAACAGGCAGGAAAAAAAAAAUACCUCAGGACAAUUUACUUCUCAAAUUUGGAUUAAAGAAAAGAGAACUUCAACAGGCUCUGGAUACUUGUACAACUGGAAGAGGUUGUUUUUGCCAAACCAUUUCAACAUGUCUGGUAUGCAAAUUUCAAACUGCCAGUAACACAUUUGAUUAUUUUUUCAUUUUUUGAAUAAUAACAGACUGUAAACAUGUAUAACCACUCCAUAGCGAUUUUCAACUUCAGUGCUGUGGGUAGCACGGGUGCCCCAUGUAACAGAAGCGAUGAGUUUAAGUACCCUCUGUACAGUGCAGUGUUCAGUGUGGUGUUUGUGAUCGGACUUCUCUUUAACGCUGUGUCUAUGUAUAUUUUUGCUUGUACUCUGAAACUGAGAAAUGAAACUACUACAUACAUGAUGAACUUGGUGGUGUCGGAUUCUCUCUUUGUUCUCAGUCUACCUUUUCGAAUUGUCUACUUUGUGAAGAGGGAGUGGAUUUUUGGCCCAGUGCUUUGUAAGAUUUCUGUGGCUUUAUUCUACACAAACAUGUACGGGAGCAUCCUCUUUCUAACCUGCAUCAGUAUAGACCGCUUCCUGGCCCUUGUGUAUCCCUUUCGCUCUCAAACCAUUCGCACAAAGCGCAAUGCCAAACUAGCUUGCUUAACUGUGUGGACAAUAAUACUGUCUGGAGGCAUAGCUGUUGGCUAUCAACUGAAAACAACAUCCCUCAAAAAUAUCAAUUCUUCCACCUACUAUUGCUUCGAGAACUACUCCAGAGACCAGUGGAGGUCAGAGCUGUCCAAAGUGGUGAUGUUUAUAGAAACUGUGGGUUUUAUCAUCCCACUUCUGCUCAAUGUGUUCUGUUCGGCCAUGGUGCUACGGACAUUAAAAAGCCCCCAGACAAUCAGCCGUGGAGGGAACCUCAACAAAGCUAAAGUUUUAAGGAUGAUCAUUGUCCAUAUUGUAAUUUUCUGCUUCUGUUUCAUUCCUUACAACGUAAACCUCAUAUUUUACGCCAUGGUUCGCUCCAAGGUCCUCAAAGGGUGCAACGCUGAGUUUGUGGUCCGAACAAUCUACCCCAUCGCCCUGUGUAUAGCUGUCACCAACUGCUGCUUUGAUCCAGUCAUUUACUACUUCACUUCAGAGAGCAUUCAGAGCUCCAUCAAACGCAAGUCCACUAAAUGGCAAAAUGGGACAAAGCUUUUUGACAGACUGCAGUUAGACAGCUCCAGAAACAGUCCCAUCUCAACCCCCAAAUCUCUCAAUCUAAGACCAACUCUAUCAAAACUGUGCGACGAGUCUGCCAAUAAUUCAGACAAAGACAUUUAGGAAUAAUGAAGAAUGCAAACCCAUAAGCCACACUUUGAACUCUUAAAACAAAAGGCCAAAUAAGUUUGGUUUGAUUCACUGUAAUGUUAUAUUUGAUGCCCUGUGUGAGUUUGUACAGGAAAUUACAACUUUGUUCGACUAUGAACCAGU